AUGGCAGACACAAAUAAAGAAAAGGAGAUGCAUGACGCCGUAGACGUUAAAGGCCCGGCAGAAGAACCCGCAAAAAUGCGAAAAACAAUCGGUCUAGUUAACAGCAUUACCAUUAUCAUUGGUUCCAUGAUUGGAUCCGGGAUUUUCGUCAGCCCGACUGGCAUCGCUGAGAACGUCCGCAGUUUUGGUGCAAGCAUUGUCAUCUGGAUUGGGUGCGGGUUGUUCUCAAUGCUUGGUGCUUACUGCUAUGCUGAACUGGGAACAAUGAUACAUCGUUCUGGCGGGGAUUACGCCUAUCACUUGGAAGCUUUUGGACCGUUUAUGGGCUUUUUGCGUCUGUGGAUUGAAGUGAUGGUUGCCCGACCAGCCACGAUGGCAGUCAUCGGCAUGACUUUUGCCAAAUACAUCCUUCAACCGGUGUUCCCGGAUUGCGAGCAAUCGGAAACUGUAUUACGACGCAUCGAGGAAUUGCGUGAUCCGUUCUACGGUUCAAACUGGAAUCCGGGCGAUAUCGCAAAAGCUUUCUAUUCUGGAUUGUUCGCCUAUGCUGGAUGGAACUAUCUGAACUGCAUGAUCGAGGAGAUGAGCAACCCACGUCGGGAUCUGCCUAUUGCAAUCAUUUUCUCCUGCCUCUGUGUGACCAUUGUUUACACGUUAGCCAAUGUGGCCUAUCUCACAGUGGUCUCGUUGAGUGAAAUGCUGACAACACCCGCUGUUGCUGUGACUUUCGCCAAUCGAAUCUACGGACCCAUGUGGUGGAUCAUGCCCCUGUUUGUUGCAUUUUCCACAUUCGGUGGAGUGAACGGUUCUAUGCUGACCGCUUCUCGUGUGUUCUUCGUGGCCAGCCGGGAGAACCAAAUGCCCCAGAUGGUCUCUUUCCUUCAUGUGGAUCGGCUCACUCCGAUUCCUGCUGUCAUUUUUACGUGUGUUGUUUCGCUGGCCUACCUGCUUGUCACGGACAUCUACGCAUUGAUUACCUACCUCGGAUUUGUUCAGUGGUUCGCGAUCGGGCUCACAGUCGCCAUUGUUCUUAUAUUCCGUGUCACUCGUCGCAACACUCCACGACCUGUCCGCGUUCUUGUACACUACACUGUACCUAUGCAUGUAUAG